AUGAGUUACAGAAUAAUUUACCACAACAUUCGAGUCACACAAACCAUGCUGGAAGCGGUCCAUACGGCCAGACAAGGAAAAUUACACCCUGGACUGAUUUCAUCUAAGCAGCUGGAGCCCAUCCUACGUGACGUCGAGGAUCAUCUUACCGAAGUACAGUUCCCCUUACCUGGACCUGCAGUUAGUAUCGAAGAAUUGAUACCGAUCUCCACCGUCACCAUUUUAUGUGUUAAUCGUCAAUUAAAAAUCCUCGUUGAUAUCCCUCUACUAGAAAAAUACAACUAUCAGGCAUUGAAAAUGCAUCCCCUACCUACCAUCCAAGAGGCAAUAGGAAAUAAAACGAUAAGAGCUUAUGUCAAGACCAAACAUGACUAUCUUAUUGUUGAUGAAGAGCAGCACACCUAUCUUCUACUCACGGAGCGAGACUGGAAAUCCUGCAAAUCAACAGCAUCAUACCACGCUUGUUUGAACGGAAUUCCCAUCUACGAUUUGAACGAGAGACCAGCCUGUGAACCAUCGCUUUUAAUUAAUCCAACUAUCGACAAUCUAAGAACAUGUGAGAUUCAAAUUACUGUUAAUUCUGAGUCCUUCUGGAAGUCGUUAACUACUCUUUCCAGCUGGUUAUAUUCUUUUUCUAAGAUGGAAGAUGUAGUAAUUAUUUGUCAUUCUAUGACCCCUAUCAAGAUUAACCUUAAUGGAACCGGUAUCUUGAAAUUGGCACCUGGCUGCAUGGCAAGAACCCAGGACACAAUAAUCCCAGCAACUAUUUCUCAAGUUGGACAAACAGAAAUCAUCUAUGAACCCGACUUACAUCUGAAUUUGACUAAAAUAUCCCCAGUAAUUCUCAACUACGGUCACUUGUUAACCAUGACCAAAGACAACAAUCAAAAGGAAGAAGUGGCUGAUCUGAAAUUUUCCACCUUCAGGGUAAACUCCUAA